AUGGCGAGUUUGUUGCCGAAAUUUCGCGCGAACGUGUCCUCGCUUCGGUUUGCAGCAAGACACUGCUUCUAUUCGUCAUCGACGACUCCCUCGUCUUCUUCGUCAUCACUGUCCACCUUACCAGAGAAAACUGGUGCGAUCAGUCAAAAGGAAACCCAUACGGGUGUUGUGUGGGAUGACAACGAUUACCGUCUGGCACGUUUUGCCGAUACGAAGAGGGAAGUGAAUCCCAACUUUGCGAUCGACCUGAUUGCUAAAGUGCCUCCCAUCAAGGUCAAGCAAAGGGUGUUUUGGUGUGAUGGAGGGGAUGAUAAAUUGGGCCACCCGAAGGUCUACAUCAACCUGGAUAAGCCCGGUCCACAGACUUGUGGCUACUGUGGGCUUCGCUAUGUCCGAGAUGAGGAUCACCACCACUGAAAAUUCGCUUCUGCUUACCGACUUUCUCUGAUGUUUGUGCAGUGAAACCGAUAUUUGAAAUGUAGUCUUACCCUGCUCGCGAAUUGAAGUUCUUGAAAACGGUGCAAUUUUGCGUGACUGCAAUUUUAUGUUAGUGUGUAAAUUGAGAUGAAAGAAAGGACAUUUUUGAGCCGGGAUGUUGUAGUUGCUAGUGAAGGACAGUAAAAUCUCGUUACAACAAACCUGUGGGGAGCAG